UCUAACUCCCGGCAGCUUUCCCUCGCCGAACUACGAGAAAUGAUUAGCCACAGCUGGUCAAAGUCUUUCGCAGCGCUAUAUGUCACGAAGGCCGAGUGGUUCCCUCUUCCGUCCUUCCGCGAUCGACCACUUCGGCCGGCUCGGAUAUGGGUAUGGAGGAGGACUAGAGAGGCGAUUCUGUGCACCGCACCGUAGGCGACGUAGACUGCCGAUUUGCGGAGCUGGAGAUUAGGUUUUCAAGGGGAGACCGCUCGAUUGCACUCGCAAAAUCAGCAGAACUCAAUUUGGGGUGCGUGAAUCCGAGUACACCGGCGUUUUGAGAAGUUCUCCCCUUUCAGCGUCAAAUUAAGCCCGCUACAUAAGUUGGUGGAGAUACUUGGCGGUCAUGGCUGUCAUCAACUUUGAUGCCUCGAAGCAGUACUACACCACUACGGGGCUUGUCGUAGGAUAUGCUCUCUGUUCGAGCUUGCUCGCCAUUAUAAACAAAUAUGCCAUCACAAAGUUCAGUUACCCUGGCCUCUUAACUGCGCUGCAAUACUUGACUUCUGCUCUCGGUGUCUGGGUUCUUGGAAAGUUCGGAUUUUUACACCAUGAUCCUUUCACCCUCGAGAAUGCCAAAAAAUUCUUGCCUGCAGCCACUGUGUUUUAUCUCGCCAUCUUCACCAACACCAAUCUCCUUCGCCAUGCCAAUGUCGAUACGUUUAUAGUUUUCCGAUCCCUAACUCCACUGCUGGUUGCUGUUGCUGAUACUGUCUUCAGAAAGCAGCCUUGUCCUUCGAAACUCACAUUCUCUUCGCUUGUCAUUAUAUUGAGCAGUGCGGUUGGGUAUGUGAUCACUGAUUCGGCAUUCACCCUCACUGCAUACUCAUGGGCGUUUGCUUAUUUGGUUACCAUCACAACAGAGAUGGUUUACAUAAAGCAUAUGGUGACCAACCUUGGACUCAAUACAUGGGGAUUUGUUCUCUACAACAAUUUCCUCUCCUUGUUGAUGGCCCCAUUGUUUUGGGUUGUGACCGGGGAGUAUAUUGAUGUUUUCACCGCUGUUGGGUCGAGUUCUGGGGGGUGGUUGAGGUUGGAUGCUUUUGUUGCGGUGGCUUUGUCAUGUGUCUUUGGAUUGCUCAUCAGUUUCUUUGGGUUUGCGGCGAGGAAAGCAAUCUCGGCCACGGCAUUUACAGUGACCGGUGUUGUCAACAAGUUUCUUACUGUUGCUAUCAAUGUGAUGAUCUGGGAUAAGCAUGCAAGCUCAUUUGGUCUGGCUUGCUUGCUUUUAACUCUCGUUGGGGGAGUUCUUUAUCAACAAUCAGUUACUCCUAAGCCAGGGCCUUCAUCUGAGCGUGAAACUGCAGCAUCAAAACAGGCAGAUUGUGGGGUCGAAGAUGGUGAUUCUGAACUUCUCAUAAAAGGUGGUGAUUCGGAAGACGCGAACCAAGAUAUUGAACUGUCUGCUAAGGGUUCCAAAGUGUGAACCUUAUGUUGAAGCUGUGUCUCAAAGGUUUACUCAUUCUAUUAUUAGGAUAAGAACUAUGUUACUGGGUUAAUCUUUUUGCUCAUUUAUACUUCUUUCUUGCAUGGAAACCACGUUAACGGUUUUCUAUCAUGGGAGGAGAAAUACCUAGCUAUACUAUCCUUGCUAUUCUUGUUGCUUUACAAACAUUUGUCACCUUUUGAGGAUUUUUAAUAAUUCAAAUAUCUGGGUUUGUGGCAUUGUA